AUGCCCCGUGCCUUCAACCAGGCAGAGCCCCAGUUUCACAACAAGAACCAGGAAGAUGUGGCAGCGACGGACAGCACAACGCGCUACUUCCACCACUACAUCAAGCACAUCGCCCCAUGGUACGACCUCAGCGAUGCAUCCGCUACCUUUGCGACUAAACUCCCAGAAGCCUCUCUGGAGCUAGCCUUGCCGUUCUCCGCCAUCCUGGCCUUGUCUGCUGUGCACAUGAGCCAGACGUCCACGCCCUCCGCGAGGACGGCAGCAGAGUUCUAUCACGGACACUGCGUCCGCCUUCUGAUUGACCUGACGGCGGAAGACUACGUCGACGAGAACACCCAGGGGCUCGCGUUGGCCUCCGUGUGUCUUUUGCGGUCGUAUGAGAUUCUGAGUGCCUACCGCAACCCCUCCACAGACCACCUAGGGUCCAGCCUCAGGGCGGCAGGGUUCUGGAACUACCUCCGCGAGGACAUCACCUUCAGUUUAUUCCGGCGGUGUCCUCUCAAGAUCGACCUGGACCAGAUGUCUCUUCCGACGCAGCAUGACACGGAUCAGGACCAUCUCAACACGGUCUCUCUCAUUCUAGGGCGCAUCAUCAACGCGUGCUUCUCGGGUAUAAUCACCGAUGAGACGUGGCCAUCUCUGCUCGGUAUGCUGCAAGACUGGCGGUCGAACUUGCCGCCUCGCUUCAACCCAUUCUCACGAGCAGAGCGUGGUUUGGGCCUAGCUCUUCCGUCUACAUGGAUGCUCAGAGACUGCCACGGUAAACUUGUAUUCCCCAGCAAUCCUACGCCCAGAAGCUGA